UUAUAAAAAAAUUAAUUAUUUUAAUAUUCAAUUUCCCGCACCCUCUUGAUUCAUUGUACUCAUUCAUCAUUCAAUUCAUUUCACUAACCCUCUAUUUCUCGCCCAUCUCUACAAAGCGGUUAUUACUUUACAUAUCAAUCAUGUGAAUGGCUUAAUGCUAUCGUCAAUUUGGGGGUGACAGUUUUCUCUCUAAUCCCUCUAUGAUCAUAUAGAAUUGUGUGUUUGCCUUGCAUGCUGGUGGUGGUGGUUGUGCCAAUACAUCAGUAGGGUGUGGUGGUGGUGGUGGUGAUGGCGGCGAAGAAGGCGACGGAGACAUUCUCGAAGACGGUGAUAGAGGAGGUGCACCGAUGGGGAUGCAUGAAGCAGACAGGUGUGAGUUUGAGGUACAUGAUGGAGUUCGGGUCCAAACCCACUGACAAGAACCUUCUAAUCUCUGCUCAAUUCCUUCACAAGGAGCUUCCCAUUCGGAUUGCAAGAAGGGCUAUUGAGCUUGAGAAUCUCCCUUAUGGCUUGUCCCAUAAACCUGCCAUUUUGAAGGUAAAGGAUUGGUACCUUGAUUCUUUCCGUGAUCUCAGAGCCUUCCCUGAGAUCAAGAGUAUGAAAGAUGAAAGAGCUUUCACCGACAUGAUUAAGGCCAUCAAAGUGAGACACAACAAUGUGGUGCCCACAAUGGCCUUAGGUGUUCAGCAGUUGAAGAAAGGCAUGGAUCCAAAGAUUGUUUAUGAGGAUCUUGAUGAGAUUCAUCAGUUCCUUGAUCGUUUUUACAUGUCGAGAAUCGGAAUUCGAAUGCUUAUUGGGCAGCAUGUCGAGUUGCACAAUCCAAAUCCUCCUCCCCAUUGUGUGGGUUAUAUACAUACAAAAAUGUCUCCCGUGGAAGUGGCUAGGAAUGCCAGUGAGGAUGCACGUUCCAUAUGUUUUCGUGAAUAUGGCAGUGCUCCUAAUGUCGAUAUUUAUGGAGAUCCAGAUUUUACAUUUCCGUAUGUUCCAGCUCACUUGCAUCUUAUGAUGUUUGAGCUGGUUAAAAACUCACUGCGUGCUGUCCAAGAGCGUUUUAUGGACUCUGACAAAGUUGCACCACCCAUUAGAAUAAUCGUUGCUGAUGGAUUAGAGGAUGUUACUAUAAAGGUUUCUGAUGAGGGAGGUGGCAUACCAAGGAGCGGUCUCCCAAAAAUUUUUACGUAUUUAUAUAGUACAGCCAGAAACCCAUUGGAUGAGCAUUCAGAUCUUGGAGUAGCUGAUAAUGUGACCAUGGCUGGAUAUGGAUAUGGGCUUCCUAUUAGUCGCUUGUAUGCUCGGUAUUUCGGAGGUGAUCUUCAAAUAAUAUCUAUGGAAGGAUAUGGGACUGAUGCAUAUCUCCAUUUGUCUCGUUUGGGAGAUUCACAAGAACCCUUGCCCUGAAAAGAGAGCCCUUUGCAAUUCAUUCUCACUCCAAGAGUUACAGUUAGUGACUCAAAGCAGUAUCGUUCUAGCAUAACUCCCUAAUCAAGUGUCAAAGGGACUACUAUUUGCUGGCAUUUUUAUUUUUAAGAUUCUAAUAAAUUGAAACUUGUAAAUAUUUCCUACUUAUACUGCGCUUGUGGAUGAUGAUUAUGUUCCUUCUUUGCCCUCAUUUUGCCUGAGGAAUUCGUUGUCUGCUUGCCUAUA